AUCCUACCAAGUACAUAUUUGGGGGGCUAGCCACAAGGAAAUCUUGGAACUUCAUCGCGAUUGUACUUAGUAGUAAUUACCUACCUAGUAUGUUAUGCGUAGGUACCUAGGUAUCUAGCGUAUGCUUUUCAUUCAAAUUGUUUGAAUUUUGUAAACACAAUACGUUUGUGUCGUCAAGUCGACUCUUCCGAUUCCGUUCUUAAAAGUGUCAGGUACUAUUUACAACUUCUAUUCGUCAAUAUGGGGGUCCUUCGUUCCGCACAAGAGCCACUUGCAGUGUUGGCAAAUCCAGCCAAUUUCAUACGACCUUUUAUCCUUUUAGUCCUUGCAUUCUACACAUUUCGGAAUUAUGACUGGUUCAUAGGAGCAGUACCCGAGACAAGCGUUGGGAGUGAUGAAAAACCAUUACAAGAUAUUGUUACUUGGGAUGAACACUCCUUAUAUAUAAAAGGGGAAAGAGUUAUGAUUAUGAGUGGUGAAUUUCACCCCUGGAGAUUACCUGUCCCCUCAUUAUGGCUUGAUAUUUUUCAGAAAGUUAAGGCGAUGGGGUUCAAUUGUGUCUCUUUCUAUAGCAACUGGGCUUUAUUGGAAGGAAAACCAGGCAACUUUUCAGCCGAAGGUGUGUUUGCCUACGAAGAAUUCUUCAAAGCUGCAACUAAGGCUGGCGUCUAUCUUAUCGCACGACCUGGCCCCUACAUUAAUGCCGAAGUUAGUUUUGGUGGAUUCCCCGGUUGGCUUCAACGUAUUAAGGGGCAUCUUAGGACUCCAGAUGAGGGUUAUUUAGCAGCAACGGACAACUAUGCAACUCAAAUUGGUGCCAUAAUUGCUCGCGCACAAAUUACCAACGGCGGCCCUGUUAUAUUAUACCAACCUGAGAACGAAUACACAGUCGGAGUCUCUAUCCCUUUCCCUAGCGGCAAUUACAUGCAGUAUGUCGAGGACCAAGCGAAAAACGCUGGCGUUGUUGUACCCCUUAUCAGCAACGACGCUGUCGCGCUUGGCCGCAAUGCUCCUGGUACGGGGUUAGGUGAGGUCGAAAUCUACGGACAUGAUGCUUACCCAGUCAUGUUCGAUUGUGCGAAUCCUUCUACUUGGCCACUCCUGGCUUUAUCAGGAACUUACCAUCAAAUCCACGAAUUACAGAGCCCCUUAACCCCUUUCUCGUUAGUCGAAUUCCAAGGUGGCGCAUACGAUCCAUGGGGUGGCCCGGGGUUUAAUAACUGUGCUACGUUCAUUAACCACGAAUUCGAACGAGUUUUCUUCAAGAAUAACUUUGCUGCAGGUGUAGCUAUCCAUAAUAUCUAUAUGAUUUACGGUGGUACAAAUUGGGGCAACAUCGGACAUCCGGGUGGUUAUACGUCAUAUGACUAUGGAGCAGCUAUAUCCGAAGACCGGACAAUCGUAAGAGAAAAGUAUUCGGAAUUAAAGCUUGAAGCUGAAUGGCUGAAAGUAUCACCGGACUAUUUGACAGCUCAGCCAGGGGCUGCUCUGGUUUGGACAUAUGCGACCAAUGCAGCAAUUACUGUGACAAGACUUGCUGGUAACAGUACGCUAGGCAGCGGAUCAUUCUUUGUCGUCCGGCAUAGCGAUUAUUCCAGCACUACUUCGGAUAGCUACACGAUGAAGUUACCUACAUCAGAGGGCGAUAUAUCUAUUCCAACAUUAUUUGACAAGUUUACCCUUCACGGCAGGGACUCGAAAAUUAUAGUCACUGACUACGAUGUACAAGGAAUCAAGCUUUUAUACUCGACUGCUGAGAUUUUAACCCACCAAAGGUUUCAAAACGCGACAGUGCUCCUUGUAUAUAGUGGGCCAACCGAAAUAAACGAGCUUGCAGUAAAAACUACUGGUGGUUCUCUAGUUGUGUCGGACGACUCUAUUAAAAUAAACAGGACUGAAGGGCUCGUCACUCUAGCUUGGGCCACUUCCCCAACAAGGAGGGUCGUUCAGAUUGACCGCUUUCAUAUUUACAUUUUAGAUCGGAAUUCUGCUUACAAGUAUUGGAUACCGGAAAUCAGUAAAUCUUUAUCGCUGAUAAUCAAUGGGCCUUAUCUUGUUAGAUCUGCUUCUCUUGAGAAUGGAGCGCUGUCCGUCUCCGCAGACUUCAACAGGUCGACGAUUUUCGAAGUCAUCGGAGCCCCGCAGAAUACGACGACGUUAAUUAUAAAUGGGAAGAAGGUAGAUUUCGAAAACCAGGAUGAACGAAUAGUAGCUACCAUCCCGUAUUCGGCCCCAUUACUUAACAUACCUCUCUUAUCCGAAUUACCGUGGAUCUAUGUCGACUCGCUUCCCGAAAUUCAAACGAACUACGAUGACUCCACAUGGGUGAUCUGCGAUCACCAGUCUACGAACAAUUCAUAUCAAAUUCUACAAACACCGACCUCACUCUUUGCCGGUGAUUACGGGUUUCAUGCUGGAAUUUUACUAUUUAGGGGUCACUUCACCGCCAAGGGCACCGAAAAAUCCUUCAAGAUCAAGACUCAAGGGGGCACUGCGUACGGCCACUCGAUCUGGCUCAAUGGCAUCUUUCUAGGAUCUUGGGUCGGAAGCGCCAGGAAUUCGAACUACGACACUACCUACGAGUUGCCGGAUCUUACCCAAGGAGAAUCAUAUACCUUCACGAUUGUCAUCGACCAUAUGGGAUUAGACGGUAACUACGUGCCGGGCAUCGACACUGGCAAAGCGCCUCGCGGGAUCCUCAACUAUCGCCUCACGAGUUCUUUAAUUGACUCCACCCCCAUAACCUGGAAAAUCACCGGAAACUUUGGGGGUGAAGACUACGUCGAUCAGGUGCGGGGUCCUCUGAACGAAGGGGGGCUGUACAUCGAAAGACAGGGUUACCACCAGCCUCGACCUCCUACCCAGAACUUUACCUCUGGCUCGCCGUUUUCCCCGCCAGGCAAGCCGGGCAUAUCAUACUACAUGGCCCCGCUUUCACUCGACCUACCCUCCGAUACUUACGACAUCCCGCUCUCCUUUUCCUUCCGCAACGUCGACGGCGGGGCUGCGCGCAUCCAACUAUACGUAAACGGGUGGCAAUUCGGCAAGUUCGUAGGUCAUAUCGGACCGCAAACAAACUUCCCCGUCCCUGAGGGUAUCUUAAACUAUAAUGGAGAGAACUGGAUCGGGUUGGCGAUAUGGCGUAUGGAGGAGAAUGGCCGAGAGCCCGUCCUCGAAUUUACGCUCGAAGCUGGUAUACCGGUUUUGACGGGACGCGAUCCUGUUGUUUUAGUCGAGAGCCCGAUUUGGUCGCUACGCGAGGGAGCGUACUGAAGUUCAUUGAUUCUAUGAUAAUGGUAAAUAUAUAGAAUCGUUACUCGAUCACGACGAGAUAUUAGCUAGCUACCCCUGUUAUCUGCGAAGAUUUCCGAUUGGUCUACUGGUCAUUAAAUUGCCUAUUCUGGCUUCAAGUUCUCCAAACACAACUACUAACUCUGAUUGUAGUAAAGCGACAUGAAGGUGGAGACUGACGAGGGUCCGGCUUAAAGGGCCAAGACUACCUACCUAGCCAGUAGGUACCUUAUCUGUAGCUUCAUGAUUCUAUCUCGAAUUUUUCGGCGUUUCUACGUUAUUUUCGGAUAGUCUAGCAGCGAGGCCAAGGUUAGAGGAGCGAUAUCGCCGUUCAUGGUGUCCAGGAGGUCAGUUUUGCGUUCCUGUUGUCGUUAUCUGGUAUCCCCCAGUAUGAUAUGUGGGGGGAGGAAUAAACAUAAAACCUUUGAUCUGUAUUAGCGACAGAAGUAUAAUUCAUUAUAAUGUAACAUCAUUAGUCAACGGCGAGAUAAGCCAUCAGCAUGCUGUCGAAUAUAUCAUGAUCGCAGCCUCAAAUAGGUAGAUGAAGACUUAUCUACCUACCUAUCAAAUGAGUAGAACCAGGUACAUAUAACAGCC